AUGGUGGCCAUCGACAAUGACUAUUUCCUCGUCAAAUUUGGAUCCGUGGAUGACCUGAACUUUGCCAAAUUCGAAGGCCCAUGGAUGAUCCUUAAUCACUACCUGAUUGUCAAGGAAUGGGAGCCUAACUUUGAUCCUUGGGCAGAUAAAACUGAGAAAGUCCUAGUUUGGGUGAGAUUCCCGUGCCUACCCAUCGAAUACUACAGUGGUGUAUUCCUCAGGAAGAUUGGCGUUAAAAUUGGAAGACCAGUGCGGGUUGAUCACGCUACCAGCCAUGCAUCCAGAGGUCGUUUCGUCCGGAUCUGCGUGGAGGUGGACAUUACCAAGCCGCUAUUGUCAAAGUUUACGUUAGAAGGGCGGAGACGGCUCAUCGCGUAUGAAGGCCUACACCUGGUGUGUUUCCAGUGCGGGAUGUAUGGCCAUAAUGCCGAGUCCUGUCCGACGAUUAAGCAAGACGGAGGGACCACCGUGGCAGAGCAGAGCCGAGCACCAACGGAGAUAGAGGCGGUUUCAAAGCAUACUGAGGCGCCAGCAGCAACGGCAAAACCUUACGGAGCAUGGAUGGUGGUUACUACUUACUAA